AUGCGAGCAAGAUUGGAUCCAGUCUUUAUAGAAUAUGUGUUAGAAUUGGGCAACAGAAUGCCACCAAUCACAGUUGAUGAAACUAUAAAAAUUCCUGAUAGCAUGCUUGUUCCGUAUGAAGAUGACUGUACUUCUUUGGAUCAUUUAAUAGAUGUUGUUUUCCAUGAUAUUUAUGAAUAUUCAAUAAAUAUUUCAACUAUAAUGAAUCAGGCCAUAUUAACACCAAAGAACAGUUAUGUUGAUGAAAUAAAUACAUUACUAAUUCAUAGAUUUCCUAGUGACAUUAAGCGAUAUUAUAGUUUUGAUGAAGUAAUAGAUGCAUCUGAACAAUCAGUUAUGGAGGAUUUUUUAAAUACUCUAACCCCAAAUGGACUUCCUGCUCAUGAAUUGUUAUUGAAGAUAAACUGUCCUAUCAUGCUGCUUAGAAAUAUUAAUCCUUCAGAAGGACUAUGCAACGGAACAUAUCUAAUUUGUCGGGCUUUUGAUCGAAAUGUCAUUGAUGCAAAAAUCGAAAAUCGGCUGCAAGCUACGAUAUUUGAUAAGGAUAUUGACUCGCGACAAGAUACUUUGCACAUUUUCCAGUCAUAUUACAUCAGUAAUGCAUAUGUGAAGUCAUUGGAUCCGAAGUAUAGAAUUGAAACAUAUAAAUAUCAAUGGAUCUUGAAUGCUAAAACGAUAAUUGAAGAAGUUCCAAAAGAUGAAGGACAAUUGGAGCCACCAAAGUACCAAUUCACUCCGUUCAAUGAAUUAGAUGCUUACAAGAAUUUAAUUGCAGAAAUAGGUAAUUAA